UUAAAACCUGACAUUAAACUCAAAAAACGGCUAUUUAUCUAUUAUAUAGCCAAGAAAACAUAAAAAGACCCAAAAACAAAAUCCUCUAAUCGAGUCUUCUAUAAAACAUCAUUGCUAUCAUUAAAUGAAAUUAGAAAGGAGAAAAAAUAGCAAAUAAUUGCUGUAAAAUACAAAUAAAAGUUUAAAUCAAAAAGGAAUAAAAAAAGAAGAAAAGUUAUUUAUACCUUUAUUAAAUUAAACAAAUAAAUUAAUUACGCUGUAGAAAAGAAAACAAAACAAAAAGUUAUAAAAAUCAAGGAAUUUUAAAUGGCAAUUAAAUGAAAAUGUUUCAUAAAUUUAUUAAUCCAGGUGAAAUGAAACGUUCUCUAUGGAAUGGCAAGAAAGUGUGCAGAAGAGGUGAAGGUUUCUGGAAUGUUAAAGGAAAGUAUCUUUUAACAAUACUUUUACUAAUGACGGUUGUAUUACAAUGUCUUGUUAAUAAUGUGGAGGCGAAAUUGUUAGUUCAACGUUCGAAGAAAACUCUAAAACUUUUACAAAGUUCUUCAUCUUUGAUACAAUUACGUCAUAAACGUGAUACUUUUGCUAAUGAACACCACGAGCAGCGGCAGCAACAACCAGGAGAAGACUUUGUAAGUCCCCACAAAAACUACUAUGAAAAUAUCGCUGCUGAAGAUGAAGCAAAUGAUGAUUAUUAUUAUGAUGAUGAUAAUUAUGAUGUUCUACCUAUAGGAAAUGGUAACUCCCAAUCUCCUUCUUUAGGAGAUCAAAUUUCCGAAACAGCCAAACAAAUAGCAGAAAGUUUUAAAAAUAUGUGGCAAUCAUUAACUGAUUCGAUACGACAUUGUAUGGAGAAAUUGCGUGCCUCAUUUACUGAAACUAUUGUCGAUGAUUUGACACCCGAAGAACUACAACAAUUACAUGUUGCUAUGUCAGAGCAAUAUCAUGCUAAACAUAUAGAUGAUAAUGAAGUUUAUGAAAAUAAAUUGUAAUGUAUUUUUGAUUGUUUAUUAAAGUGAUAAUUAAACAAAUUUUAGAGAUAUGUUAAAAUAA